CCUGGACCUGAGAACACCAGAGACCAUGGUGGAGAGAGUUGGAUCAAGCCUGGACCUGAGAAAUGGAUUCCUCAGAGCUGUAAGACUUGUGACCAUGUUGAGGACUCCACACACUGGCUUCAGAUUGAACCCUUGACUUCCACUGUCCAGGGAGUGACAAUGUUCAGGCACAGGACACCCAAAGGGAGUUAUGAGUGCACAGUGUCUGGGCUCCGCUGGCUGUGUGAGAGAGAUGUCAUUCUGAAGUAUCACUUCAGGAACUGGGAACCCUACAGUCAACUUCUGAAAGACAUGCAGUACACACAAGGUGGUCCAUUGCUGGACAUCACUAUGGAGUUAGGUGAACUGGAGGAAGUUCAUCUGCCACACUUUGUCUGUUUAGGGACCAACCCUUCCCUGAGGAAUGAGAUGAAGAUUCUUCAUGUAGAGGAACAUGGAGUGUCUUUAGAGGAAGUGCAUGAGGUCACCAGAUUCCAUGUUAAGAUUCUCCAUCCCAAGUUCUCAGCUAUCUCUGUUAUACUGAGCUAUAUCCUUUCUUGGAUCGUAGAUGUCCACUGUGACGUGGUCCUCUAUAUGGCAGUAAAAAAGUCAACAGUCAUUUCAAGGCUGUACCUGCUCCUCAGAAACUCCAGUCAGAAAGAGGCUGUUCGGGAACGGGAGAAAGAUCAGGUGUCCCAAGGAUAUUCAGAAUUUCUCCUGCCAAGUCCAAAUGGGCCCUUAAAGAUGAACACUUGGUUUGCACUCAAGAAUCCACACUCUACUUCCAUCUAUCCAGAGAAGAUUCAGCUGUUACCUGCAAACACCACACCAAGCUGUUGUAAGAUGAUAAUGGGAAACACAGGGGUGGACAUUGAGAUGGAGUUAAUCGGGGAUGAUGAGAGGACAGUAUGGAAAUCAGUGGUAUCAAAAGAUGAAUACAGCAAAGACUCUCAUCCAACACCAUUAACACUCCCUGGGAUUCCUGCUGAGGAGUUUCUGAAGAAACACAGGGCUGUACUCAUUCAGGGAGUCAAAAACCCAAUACCAAUAGCAGAUGAUCUGUCGUCAAAGAGCAUGAUUGGUGAUGAAGAGUACUCCAGAAUAACAGCUGAAACAACUGAACAGGAGCGAAUGAGAAAACUACUGAAUGCAGUCCUCCCUAAAGGACCAGAAGUGAUGGGAGCUUGUCUCAAAGCUCUCAGUGAACAUGAACACCAUCUUGUUAAGUACUUGAGUGAAUCUAGCACCUAAUCUGAAGAUGCUGAGGCCUGUCUCCUAGUAUGUGGACAACAACACUUCUCC